AUGCUACCAACAUCAUUGGAAGAAACUUACAACCAAUGUAAAAUCGAUACCGAUGCGUUUUUAACUUGGUUAGACGACACGUACCGCGCUUGUGGUUAUACACCUCAAGCAACAUCUACAAUGUCGUCAGCACUAGGGAGACACAAUACAAGCUUGCCAAGUCGACGAAGAAAUAACAAUGCUUCCAGAUAUGCCACAUCGAUAAGGAAAUUAAGCGCAAAGAUUGAUGCUAUCAUUCAAUCACCUACCAUGAUACGGAUGCCACGAAAAGUCAGAACGAAGGUGGAACGGGCGAUUGACGGCCGCCAAACUUGUCUGGAAUGGUACGACCGUGUGGAUAAUAGAACGGAUGAAUUCGAUGUGUGCGGGCAUCGAUUUUUUAUCGAGUUUCUACAAGAGGCUCUGCGUAAAUUCGAAGAGAUAGAACCUAUGAUCACUUCGAUUCCCAAGCCUGCCCCCAAGCGGGAACCUGUAAUCUUUGAGAAUCGGUUCGCCCAAUUAGGCUUGGAUGACAUGUCUGAGACUUGA